AUGUCCCGAACGGAUGUUUCUUCUCUUACUGGUUUUAAGCUCAAUAUAUUUUUCGUUGGAUGAGAAUUUUAUAUAGAAAGCAAAAUCACCCCAUCCGUAUUGUGCCUCAUGGUGUCCCUCUCAGUGAUGGCCGUGACUCUGAAUUCAUUUGCCAGACACCAGCCACCAAUUCAUUCACACAAAUGCCAUCGACUGUUGAUUACCCUGAAAUCGGCCCUCUUUCCCAGACACGAGAUAACGUUUCCGAAAGUGACGAAGAACCUGGAAAGAAAUACUUCCGACGGAUCAACUCGAGGAAUCGCAAGUCGCCAAAAGUGAACACAAAAUCAGAUGAGCAACCAAAGCUCAGCGCAUCAAACGGUACUAACAUAUCCAACGGUCAACUAUCACGAACUUCAUCAAGAAUUUAUUUUUACGAAAACACGUUGAAUUGUUUCGAAACUGACGAGAAUUCUGAAGUUAUCCAAGACGACAGAGCAGACCAACUCGAAUUGACUCGGGGACAAGUGCACAUGCAUCAAAACUCACCAUCCAGCUGUGUUAUGACCGAACAGUGCACUUCGAGGCUCUCAUCCCCCGAGUCUGCAAACGUUAGUUCACUGUCUACUUCAAGGGCGUACCAAACCGCUGCCCCUCAGUGCAAAGUGGUCCACUCAAACCUGACGCCUGGUAAUAUGAAAGAGGCAAAAAGAGUGGCUGAAGAAGCAGCGCAUAAUCAAAAAGUAUUCAUGGUCCUUGGACCGUAUCAUCGAAUUCGACUGGCCUUGCGAACUCGUGGAUGGGUUGAGAAGUUUGAUCGAGGAACCACUAUGCCUUCGCUACACCGCCAGGUUUCGUAUGACCCCUCACCAAAUAGGCGCACACGGCUGGCCGAAUCACACUCUCUACAACCAGUGGAACCAACAGGGGAUUACGUUGUCGCAACUCAGCGCAACACUGAGUUGGAGUUAUCUCAGAGGAAAGAGAAGAGAGACAAAGCUGAAUCGGAAAAUUAUGCGGAGGACUACUACUGGAUUAUGUCCAGAAUGCUACGCUCAUUUCUACCGAACUUCAUUUGGUCCCUGAAAAGAAGUCAAAUUGACUUCCGUUAUUUACGAAAAAAUCAAAUGGUCAAUCAUCACCUACGAGCUCCUUUUACUACAAAGAUUGGUUUGUGUCUUUGCCUUCGUCAACUUCAUUGGAUCGAUGAACUGAAAUCUGAGGAUUUCUUUCCUAGAUGCUACGUCAUCAGCGACCCUGAGGACAGACAGGCCUUCCUAGAUGAGUUUCGACUAACGGCGUGCACAUCCCUACUGAAGCUGCUGUGUUUGCCCGGCGACCAGGAGUCCCGAUCGGAUGCUACCGACCAGGUGACACCUAACACUGCGUACACUGAGGGCUCGGUUAAAUCGCCAUCGUUCGAUGGUUGCCAUACAACUCACCACAAUGAAGUUCCCUGUUCGAGCGAUAGACACAAUAUCCGCAAUGCAUUGGCACAUAAAGACUGGAAUGGACGGACUGCGCCCACUACAUUUAUUCUCCCGCCGUGUCCGGCAGAUGAUCCAGACGAAGAUCUGCCAAGUGUUGUGCUGGAAAUGGCCAUCGUUCGUUGUCUUGACUUCAUCCACUGGAGAAGGCAUCAGGAUAUUGAUCACUCCCCUGCGGACUACUCGGAAGAAUCUUGGCCAUGGGAAUGUUUUUUUGCUUGGUACCAGAAAGCACUCAGAAAUCCGCACAUACUAAAAGGUCUUAGAAACUACCGAAACUUGUGCCACAAAAUCUGCAUGGAACUUCGCAGAUAUCGUCCGCAGCUCGAUUUGGACGGAGUCAACAACGUGUGGAUAGUGAAACCCGCGGCCAAAUCAAGAGGGAGAGGUGUCGUAUGCUACAAUCAAAUCGGUGACUUCUUGCACCUAAUGCGAGAUUCUGUGCACAAUGCAGCCUGCCGAUUUGUUGCUCAAAAGUAUGUGGAGAAACCGCUGCUGAUUUGCAAAACAAAAUUCGAUAUUCGCCAAUGGUUUCUAGUUACGGAUUGGUCGCCCUUGACUGUUUGGUGGUACCGGACUUGCUAUCUUCGGUUUUGCUCGCGAGAAUUCACUUUGGACGACUUCAGUGAAGCAAUACAUUUAUGCAACAAUUCCAUUCAGGGGAAGUACAUGGGCAGAUUUGGCAAGAGAGAACUACCUAGUGAGUUCAUGUGGACUCUGGAGCAAUUCCGGACAUGGUUGACGAAGGAAGGUCACGGCGAACUAUGGCAGCAACAGAUCGAGCCCUCAAUGAAGCGAGCGAUAAUCGACUCUCUGCUCUGUGCGCAGGAAGAAAUUGAGGCGCGAAAGAACUCUUUCGCAUUGUAUGGGGCAGACUUCAUGCUGACAGAAGACUUCAGGCUGUGGCUCAUUGAAAUCAACUCCAGUCCGUGUAUGUCUCCAAGCACGGCAGUUACUGCCAAACUCACUUCCAGUGUGCUAGAAGAUACACUGAAAGUUGUUAUUGACAGAAGAUCAGGAAGGAAUUGUGACACUGGCCAGUUUGAGCUCAUUUAUCGUCAGGAUUUACCGGUUCCACAGGUUUACACGGGACUAGAUUUGCGUAUAGAAGGAACUGCUAUUCAUCGUCCGCAACUGGAAGUGACUGGCUGUCCCAAAAGUCCCCAGAAUGCUGCACAGUCUGCUGAUAAAUCCGUCUGUGUAUCGUUGGCGCAAAUCAUUCCAUCCUCAGAACCAUCGCGAAUGACGAUGCAGUCGAGACCAAAUCGAGUAAUGUCGGCCGAAAAUUACUGUUCCAGUUAUUGUUCGCUACCAAACAUUGUAUCUCAAUCAGCCCGUGAGGAUAAGGUGCCGGCUAUGGGCUCUGUACCCAGUGAACCAGACUUCACAUCUGAUUCAAAUUUCUACCAACCUUCACCUCAGCCGCAGCAGUGUUUUAGUUUGAGGGGUGGUGAAAUACAAAUAUCAGAACAUAAAGAGCCAAGUGGUGUAUGUUCAACGCAUCAUGGGAUUUCCACUAGUCAGUCGACGCACCUAUCCCUAAAGGAAGUGAAACCCACUGAAGCACCAAAACGUGCAGCUACGAGAUUAAUGGCCAGUCACAUAAUUAAAAAAUUAAAGUUACCAGAAACGCAUGCCCGAGGCGAGUUCCCUAUGUCAGCAAAUGAACUUCAAACUGAGGGGCUGUUACCUCCAUCUGACAGACUUGCUGUUCACAACCGAUCCCCGCACUUCAUGUAUUAUGUCAACGCCACAACAUGCAAGCCCGCCACUGCCCCCAUUGUUGAUGCUUCGCAGGAACGGCGAAACUCGACACUUCCCAAGUAUCAUGUGGCUGCCAAUGCGCCUCUGUCGUUCAGCGUUCACCAAGGUACUAAGGGUGCUACUGAAUUGAAAAGCACUGCAGCUGCUACGUGUUCCUCGUUUAGACCCACACAUGAGUAUGACUCCCCUGACAAGUCUGGGGGUAGUGGAAACGUUCAGGAUGUAUCUUUGUGUUUCACCGCUUCGACUCGUCAGGUGUACGGUGACAAAUGCUCAAAUGACAAGGCCACACGUAUUAACUCGGAUUCGAACCGGAGAAUGUGGUGGACCGAAAAUAGAGAGAAUCCAAAAGCGCACCAGAUAUUCUCACCUUCACGAGCUCCUGGUGAUCAAUCAGUUAGAAACGGAACAAAUAACUCAGUCGAGAUAAGGGGCCCACCGAAUUUAUCAACCUCCGCCUCAGAAUACUGCCUACCGAAACGUACUACCAAAUGGAACCCCAGUACAUGUUUAUCAAGAAAACUGGGGGAAAAAGCUAUGCUAAUAAAAAUGGGAACGAAUAGAAAGCCGAGAAGAAAGUCUAUCAACAAAGAUAUCGGUACAGCUGUUGCCAAAUGCGCAGGUGCCGUCAAAUCGGACAACUUCAAAGUGUCACCGAAUAAAAUGGACAACGAUGAUGAUGACUCGCUUUGGGAAAUGGCAAAGCGCGUGCUAGUGAAAGCUUACCGGUUGACUGCCGUCGAUGAGAUACACGGGAGUCCCAAGUCGUCAAAAAAGCAGCGUUCGAUUAACAAGCCAACUGCGGUUGCUCAACAACAGAUUUCACAACGAUGCAUAGUGAGCUCAGGAACAACAGGUGACAGCAACUUUUCUCCAAGCACCAGAUGUAGGCGAACGUCAUCUGUCACUCUCGGAAUAUGACAGAACAUGAGUGAGCUAUCCAUGUUAGCAUAACACUCUUGUGACCUAUGAAUUACCAGACCCUGAUACAAAAUGCUCUAACGCUGCGACUUGGCCAAACACUAUGUGUGUGUUCGGAAUAACUAAGUUAUUCACCCCAUGUCAAACAUCUUUAGAGCGCAGAUAAAUGAUGUAUACAAAUUAAAAAC